AUGGCGAAUCGGCGACGCGCGUCGUCGAGUCGCGACGUCGCCCGUCGCGGCAUCGCGGACGACGAUUCGUUGGACAUGAGCACGCGUAAGGAGCGCGAGAAGGCGGAGCUCGCGGAGCAGAAACGACAAGAAAAGGAGGCGAAGAAGGCGCUCCUCGCGGCGAAACGCGCGGCGCGAGACGAAGCGCGCGCGGCGAAGCGAGAGGACGGCGGCGACGACGGGGACGGGGGCGAGGGCGAGGACGAUGCCGCGGGCGAUGCGGUGGCGUCGUCGAAGACAUCGGACGGGACGUGGACCGAGCUCGAGGACUUGGCGCUGAUUGAGGGCUUGAAGACGAGAGGCGUCCGCGCGUCGGACGACGCGGAGAGCGAUGAGGCGCGAUGGAGCGCGAUCGCGGCUGGCGUCGAGGGAAGAAGCGCGAUGGAGUGCUGUCAACAGUAUCGAGUGCUGCUCGCGCGGGUGAAGCGGGCGAGGGAGAACGGCGAACGCGUGGCGAACGGCGAGACGCUUCCGGAGGAGACGGUGAAGCGAGGCAAGGCAAAGUCGAGGAAGAUGCUGAGCGUGAAGCAGGAACAAGAGGCGGAGGCGAAGAAGAAGCGCGAGGCGAAGCUUGAGCGCGAGCGAUUGGCGCGAAUUGAGGCCAACGGAGGGCGGUUGAGCUCGGAAGAUUUGGGCUUCCACAUUCGAAGCGGACCGGACGCGAACCGCCGGAACAACUGCAACAUGGACAUUCAUAUGACCGGCAUUCAGCUCUACGGCGGUCGAGACGAGCUGAUUCAGGACGGGACGUUGAAGCUGGUGUUCGGGACCAAGUACGGUUUGGUCGGUCGUAACGGAUGCGGGAAGUCGACGCUCCUGCGAGCCAUCUCCGAGAAGACGAUAAAACUUCCCGACUUUUUGCACAUCAUUCACGUCGAGCAAGAGGCGUCGCCGGACGAGCGGUCGGCGCUGCAAACCGUGGUGGAAACGGAUCAAGAGCGGCUAUAUCUGCUCGAUCUCGAGAAGCGCAUGCUCGACGAGGAGAUCGAUAAGAUUGAUGGGAUCGAUUUGAACGAGGUGUACGAGCGCCUGGACGAAAUCGACGCGGACACCGCCUUGGCGAGAGCUGGACAGAUCUUGGGCGGUCUCGGGUUCGAUCCUCAGGAACAACAGAAAGCGACCAAGGAGUUCUCUGGUGGCUGGCGCAUGCGCAUCGCUCUCGCGGCGGCACUUUUCAUGACGCCGGAUUUGUUGCUCCUGGAUGAGCCAACGAAUCACUUGGACGUCCACGCCUUGACGUGGCUCGAAGAGUUUUUGCGCAGAUGGGAGAAGACAGUUCUCAUCGUCUCUCACGACCGCGGCUUCUUGAACGAUUGUACGACAGCGACGAUUUUCUUGCACCAUAAGAAACUGCGAUACUACGGCGGUUCCUACGACACCUUCCUCAAGGUGCGCGCCGAGCACCGUGCAAACGAGGAGGCGGUUCAGAGAAAUCAGAAUUUGCGAGAGGCCUCUCUCAAGCAGUUCAUCUCUCGAUUCGGUCAAGGUCACAAGAAAAUGGUGCGUCAAGCGCAGUGUCGCAUGAAGAUGCUCGAGAAGUUACAGUCCGAGCGCGUCGACGUGGAUUACGACGAUCCGUACCUGCGCAUCAACUUCCCAUCGGCUACGCCGUUACCGCCGCCGUGCAUCUCGGUGAUGAACGUCGCGUUCGGUUACGAGGGUUACCAAACGUUGUACCAAGGAUUGGACUUUGGAUUAGACAUGGACUCUCGCGUCGCCAUCGUAGGUCCGAACGGCGCCGGUAAGUCAACCUUCUUGAAACUUCUAGAGGGUGACAUUUUGCCGACUGAAGGUUGGAUCAACCGUCACACGAAGCUUCGACUGGCGCGUUUCUCGCAGCAUCACCUCGAGACAAUGGAUCCAGAGCAAGACUCUGUCGCACACAUGAAGCGUCUCGACCCGGAGAUGCCACUCGAGACGGCUCGAGCGUAUCUCGGUCGAUUCGGUCUCUCAGGCGAGCUCGCGACGAAGCCCAUUCGCGUCUUGUCUGGGGGGCAAAAGUCGCGUCUAGCGUUUGCGGAACUCGCCUGGAAACAACCGCAUAUCCUUCUCUUGGAUGAGCCAACGAAUCAUCUCGAUUUGGAGACGAUUGAAUCGCUCUCCAUGGCUCUGAAUAACUUCGAGGGCGGUGUCGUGCUUGUUUCGCACGACGAGCGUCUGAUUUCUCUCGUCGUCGACGAAAUUUGGAUCGUCAAAAAGGGUGAUAUGACGUCCAACCCUCCCGUCCCGGGCAGCGUCAGCGUUUUCAACGGUUCAUUUGACGACUAUAAGGACAUGUUGCGUCAAGAGUUCUCGGGUGGUAAUCUCUUGACGGAGAAGCGCAAGAAGGAGCGUGCGAACGCCAAGUCGGCAAAGCCCGAGCCCGAGCCUGAGCCCGAGCCCGAGCCCGAGGCACCGCCGAAACCCAAAGGGAAGAUCAUGAUGGACAGUGCGUUCACCAAGUCGACUGAUGCUUCGAGCGAAAACACGGAGCGCCCGGCACCUUCGGCGGUGAAGUGGGUGCCGCCGCACUUGCGAGGAGCGCGAGGAGAAGAAAAUGAGAAUCUCGGCAGCGCGGACUCCGCGUGGGACGAGUGA